CCGUGUGGAGCCCACGCCUCAGAAAGCACCGCAGACAGGCAGUGCAACAGUUGAGCCAGAGGAUGGCGCACCACGACAAUUCAAAACACCCAAACCGUGGCUCAGAGCUUGCCCUAGCCACGAGCGCAUGGAGGCGCGCGCCCUUCACAUCCCACCCAGUAUUUCCUCCGUGCACGAGUUUACCUCUGGAGGUCACCAAGCAGGAUUUACGACUGGUCAACAAAAGCACGUGAUACUCCGCCGUACCCCAUAUUUGGGUGCCUACGUAAGAGAGAAUCAAGUCCAUGGUCCCACUCAUUUCCAUAAUUCAUCAUAAAUUGUGCAAGGGUGCUAUAGGACGCGCUAAACCAUAAGAGCCACAAAUCAAGCACACAGGUUUAUGCUAUUUUACCUCUAAAACAAUAAAAAACAACAACAAUACCUACAACGAGCAAACGGUGGAAUUGUCAACAAAUGAGCUCCUAUUUUGUGAACUCAUUCUGCGGUCGCUAUCCCAAUGGCGCGGACUUCCAGUUACAUAAUUAUGGAGACCAUAAUACGGCAAACGAGCAAUACAGAGACUCAACAGCCAUGCAUUCCAGCAGGUAUGGCUAUGGCUACAACGGGAUGGACCUAACAGUCGGGCGGACGGGUACCGGACACUUUGUGGGCAACGAGCGGACACCGGGCUACUCCUCAGCGGCGACAACACCCUCGGUGGAGCCGGUCAGGUACACCCAGUCCGCCAGCAGCACCGGGACAUCGUCUCUAUCGCCAACACCUGACCCACUACCGUGCUCCUCGGUCGCCAGCUCGUCCCCGGUCACCGAGACUCAGUCUCAACACCGAGCCGUGAAAAACUCUAUAACGACCCCGUGCUCUACCCCGUGCUCGAGCUCGAACGGAGGCACGCUGCUGCUCAGUCGGGACUGUGUGUCCAAAGCUUCUCCCCUCGAGGAAGAGAAGCCUGCGGGAAGCGCACCAACAACUCCACAAAAUGUCACGGAGUCAACACAGCCUCAGAUAUAUCCGUGGAUGAGAAAACUACAUAUAAAUCAUGAUUUGUCAGGACCAGAGGGAAAGAGAGCCAGGACUGCAUACACCCGGUACCAGACCCUGGAGCUGGAGAAGGAGUUCCACUUCAACCGGUACCUGACCCGCAGGCGGAGGAUCGAGAUAGCCCAUGCCCUCUGCCUCUCAGAGAGACAGAUCAAAAUCUGGUUUCAGAACCGCAGGAUGAAGUGGAAGAAAGACAACAAGCUGAAGAGCAUGAACAUGGCGGCUGCAGGCGGGGGAGGCUACAGGCCUUGAUAUUCAACUCAUCUGCCCCUCAUAGCGAGCACUAUAUACAAAAAAAUAAAACAAAGAUUGUCAUAUCAACUUCCCCUUCCUCCUACUUCAAAAAAGCGCAGAGACUUGUGACCGGGGCUGUGCGCGGGGAAGGGGACACCCCACCUGAGCCCCACUGUAUGUCCAACAACCGUCCCAUUAUAUUCCUUAAUAUUAUUUCCUUUUUAUUUCCACCGUGGUAAUGCUUAUGUGAGUAAAAAAAAAUGCAUUAUGUACAGUUCUGUCUAGAUUUAGUAGAAAAAGCAACAAAAUAAAUGUUUGUUUAAAUUAUUUCUUGUUCAGACGAAAAAAUAAAAACGUCAAAGCUUGAAAUGCUACCUACCUACCGCAAAUAAACCCAGUAAAAAGUUGUGUGAUGCACUCAGAACAAUACCAGCCUAAUGAAUAGAGGGUUGAGGUUGAGCUGCCUUGGUGUUUAGCCUUCGUUUUCUAUGUAUGUACUGUAUAUGUAUGUAUUUAUUUGUUUGAUGUAUUGUACCAACUUGUCAGAUAACUUGCUUCCAAAAGUAGAGCCAGCAGUGAGCCUUGUAUGGUUAUUGUGUGCGUUGUGAACACAUGUAUGGACAGAAGUGCCGACUCAGUCUUGUAUGUACAGUAGCUGUGCCUUGCAUCUUUUUUUUUCUUUCUUGCAGGAGCUUCUGUUUGUGUUUUUCACCAGGGCGCAACAUCUUAGUAAAAAAAAACGUGUUAUGUCUUUUCUUUCUUUAGCUGUUUUUGUGUGGAGGGUCCCCACAGUAAAUUUCAUUGCCUAUGUGUAUAACUCCAUCGUGAUUAGCUUUUUGUAAAUGUUUUUCAAAGACUGGAAGUCAAGAAUAUACUAUAAUAAUGAUGAUGAUGAUGAUGAUGAUGAUGGCCAUUAUAAUAAAAUUUCUACUGGAACGGCAACAUCACAGUGUACGUUUUUGUAAAACAAAAAAUAUAUAUCCAAAGAUCCGUUUACGCCUUCGCCACGCUGCGUCAUGGAAGAGAGGAGUCAGAGUUUGUUGUCUGGUCUAAAAUCUUGAGGUCACCU